AUGACGACGACGACGACGACAUCAGAUGUCUGUAAUGUGGCGGUAGGAUUGAAGCCGAUGUUGUUAAUGGUGAUGAUAGCGCUCGCGGCUGUUAAUGUGCUCUACAAGCUCGCCGUCAAUGACGGCAUGAACCUAAGAGUUUUGGUUGCCUAUCGCUUUCUCUUCACCGCCGUUUUCAUGGCUCCCCUUGCUCUUGUUCUGGAAUGGUCGGAACAAGAGACCAACGAUGACUUGGAAGAUACUGUUUCAAGCCUUUCUUUGUGGUUUAUUUGGACAAAGAUGAGUGAAAGUUACCCAUGUCAUUACUCUAGCACAGCUUUGAUGAGUGUGGUUGUAGGAAUCAUAUCUAUUGUUUUUGCUCUCUCUCUUGAAAGAGAUAUGACUCAAUGGAAGUUGUGUUGGAAUGUUAGGCUUCUUACUGUAGCUUACUCGGGAAUAGUUGUGUCUGGUGUAAUAGUAGUGGUGAUGGCAUGGUGUAUGCGUAUGAGAGGACUUGCUUAUGUAUCUGCUUUCAAUCCUCUCAUGCUUGUCUUUGUAGCCUUGACUGGUUAUUUCAUGUUAGAUGAGAAGCUACAUCUUGGAAGAGCUGGAAGAAGAGGACACUUCUGUGCAAACAAGGAGGUGGAAGCAGAAGAAGAUUCUCACGCACACAGAGCAACCGCACAGAACAAGGUCAAAGAGAACAACAGCGGAGUAAGGGAGAAGGAGAAAUCGUGA